AUGCACGUUUUACUUAAGCCUAGCAACGACGAUGUCAAGAGCCUAUAUGUCGAUCACAAAUCUUUCUAUGAGGGCGACUCUGGCCUGGAUCUUUUUUGUAUCGAGGACCAGACCAUUGAGCCUCACCACACUGUGACUGUCAAUCUCGGCAUUCGCGUUUCCGCCUUCGAGACUCUCGAAAACGGUAUGCUCGGCAAGUCGGUCGGAUGGCUCCUCUUUCCCAGGAGCAGCAUUUCUAAGACUCCGUUGCGGCUUUCCAACUCAGUUGGCGUCAUUGACGCUCAAUUCCGUGGCGAAUUGCGUCUUUCUCUCGACAACAUUAAGGACUUUCCCUAUACCAUAAAGAGGGGUGACCGUCUUGUUCAAAUGGUUUCCUAUGACGGCAAGGAGAUUACCUUCAAGGUUGUUGAUGAGCUAGACGAGACUGUCCGUGGCAGCAAAGGCUUUGGUUCUACUGGCAGGUAG